AUGACCAGUAGACGCAAGACAAAGAGGGGCGCAUCAGCGACAAAAAAAGUGACAGCGGAGACUGCUCCAACAAAUACGGGGGCUGCGCAGGAGUCAGGCGUCACUGAUGCUGCAGUGCCCGUCCUGCUGCAGGAAUACGGUGGUUCACUUGGGGAAUCACUUUACAAGGCGCUCAUGGAGGGGGCGUCCAUCGAUUAUGUGGUGAACGAUCUACUCCGUAUUUACUCUGAAGGUGGCAAGGAGUCUGUGUGUUGUGCUAUUCUGAACCUUGUGGGGAAGUCCUCAGGUGCAGCUCAGGCCGAAUUAGACACGACGGCGCUCAAGGAGGAUGUGGAUGUUACGACGCUCCUGGAAGAGAUGUACGCCCGCGUCCAGCAGGAGGCCGACGCGUAUCCAUUUGUAAGAAAAGAAUCCAAAUAUCGCAUUUUUCGUACUGCCUAUCGCCGUUUUUUUGCUUAUCUUGUAGAACUUGGCUAUAAUGCGAAUAUUUUGCUGGAUGGUCUGCUACUUUCGACAGUUCUGCGGUGGCUUAUUGCCAUGAGUGAGAGCAAGGCGCGUUGUUUCCGUCACACAGCUCUUGUCGCUCUGCUCUCCAUUGUUGGGGCCCUCAAUGGUCUGAUUCGGAACCUCAAUCAUCGAUUGCCCUCACAUGGACCGGGCAAAAAACAGCAGGUGAGUGCCUUGCAAGAAAGCAUUCAGAUGAUGGUGGAGUUGCGUAACCAUGUCAUCUCUCAAGCUAUUCAUCAGCGUCCUCGCGAUGUUGCUCCCGAAAUUCGACUUCUGGUUUUUGAGCAUUUGGAGAAAUGGAUUAUUAACUACGAUGAGGAAUUCGCGGAAAACAAGUAUUUUCGCUAUUUUGGUAUGGCCUUGUAUGAUAAACGACCGGAGAUUCGUGCGGAGGCCUUGACGAUGAUCCAAAAGUCGCUUGUGGCGACGCCAGAGAGUGGUAAUCGCAUGUUUUUGUUUUUACAGUUUUUUUCCAGUCGGCUUGUGGAAAUGUGUAGUGACGUCAGCCUACGAUGUGCCCAAUUAGCCAUUGGCGUCAUUGUUCUCAUUCUCCGUGUGUACGGUGAAGAAGUCGAGGGAAAACAACUGCUUGAUAACGAGAUGAUUGAUCGUGUGCUGCUGACACUUUUUGAUGAGCGUCCGACCAUACGCCAUGAGGCUGGUGUGCUCCUCCGGGUCUUCAUAGACUCUCGUGUCUCCACAGGUGACUCCAACGGUGUUGGGUACAAGGAGGCUGCACUGGAAUUAUUAUGCGCCUUUGCCGCUACGCUGCGCGCGCAGUACGGGGAGGCCAUGCCAGAGCGAUACCUUGUUGACGCCCUCUGCAACCCUCCGCUGGAGCUGCCUCCUUUCCUGGAAAGCUACGGGUCAAUGCUAGGCAUUGUCGCGUCCGAUGAUGCCUCGGAGGCGGUGGUGGGAUUGGGCCUUGUAGCCGCGUUACUUGAAAAGCUACGCGGCAAGUUGGAUCUUGGUCCCCUUCCAAAGGAUGACCGCCGUCAAGGCGCUGCCAAAAAACUUUCAUCUAGUAAACAGGAAAUGAUUGAUUCACUGGUUAAUUCCCUAAGUCGUGACGUAGGGGUCUUAUUGGCUGGAGUCCUUGAAAAACAUCGUGGUGAUGUGGGGGUUUUGUGUGGGGUUUCUGCAGUAGUUGCAGCGAUGGAUUUCAAGGCGUUUAGUACUUUGGAGCAGGGGGCUCGGAUCAAUGCUCUUAUGACACUGAUGCGCAAGGCUACCGCCGCCUUACCACAUUGUGAGGAGGCACACCGUAACCAGGUGACUGUUGCGUGGCUUGGAUUUGUUACCGAGGAUCACCCUAUGAAAAAUGAGGCGAUGGGCCAGAUAGAGGAACUUUUAAAACAGGUCUUGAAGCAGCUCUCUGCGUUAGAGAAGGUGAAAACAAGAUCGGGGAGUCAGACGGUGGAAAAGGAGGUUUUGCAUGUAUGGGGACGAAUGAGUAUUCUCUCGUCGCUUGUGUCUAUGGUGGGUCAAUGGGAUUUAUUGAAGGCAUCUGUGCGAAAGCACACCAAUGGGAAUACUUUUGCAGAACUUUUGCGAUUGAUCUUAUCUACCUCCAUGAGGUGUAUCUUGUGGCAGUUGAAUGCGGAGCAGGAAACAGCAGAAUCCAUGGGAAUUUCCACGAGUGCCAGCCAAAUGAUUGGAGAAUUUGUAGCUUGCAUCUUUCAAGUAUGGAAAAUGGAGUUUCAGGGACAGGAUGAAGCAUCAACCGCACUCUUUGUGGACACUAUGAUCUACCUCUGCGACCUCUGUGCGCUGCGACACUACACGAUGUCGCAAAUGGAGCAAGAUGUAUUCGUGGGAAAGUUCAGUGAGUUGUCAAGCGUUUUGGGCAGCGAGCUGCAUGGGGCAAAGGAAAAACUCAAGGAGGCGGGGGAUCGUUUUCGCGACGGUGGUGCGCUUAGUGAAGUUGCACAGUCUCGUCGCGAGGUGUCCCGCCUUGAGGCGUCCCAGCUUCGUGUGACAACGGGUGUUGCGCGUCUGCUUCUGCUCAAUCGCCUUGCGGAGGACGUGGGUCCUCGUAUAUUUUUGCAGUGGGUGCAUGCACCCACCAAGUCUGUUUCAGACGUUUUCCGAUGCCUGUUUCGCUCCCUGCGUGAUCGGUGCAACGAGAGUUUUACGCUUGAGAAGUCUAUUCUUCUUGCGACGUACCACCACUCUUUCGAUGCGCUCUACCAGAUGGGAAUGAAACUUUCCUCCAUGCACUGGCCUCUUCCUGACAAGUAUUACGCGGCAUGUGUCAGCAUGGUUCGGUUUGGAGUGGAGUUUGCGACGAACACAGGGCCAGCGAUACUGCAGGCCAUUGUUGCCUAUUGUCCAAAACUUCUCAAGGUGGAUGCCUUGGAUUUGGCGCACGUGUUAGCGGCAAAUGAGUUCAUGGCGACAAGCAGCGAUCCGACUGUGCAGUUAUUUAUUUCAGCCAUUCGCCGGGCCGCACGGUUGGAGGAGGCGGUGAAUGCUGUGACUCCCGUGCAAGGUGCCAAACGAUUGCGGGAAGAGGCGAUGUCGAGAAGUAUGGAGGACGGCGGGGGGCACACACUUUAUCCACAGAACUCACAGCAAGCAACAGCAACAAUGACAGAAACGAGAAGGGAGACGGUAACGAUAUCGUCAAGCAAGGGUGCGUCAAGGUCCCAGUCCCGCCGCCGCGCUGCAGUGAAGGCACCGGUGGCAGCUAACCGUGUACUCACUAACGACGGGUGGCGUGUACGGCCUGAAGAAGAGGAGGAGACUGCUCCGAGUAAGGCGUCGUCUGUUUCGGAGACGAUGGAGGCGACGCGUGCUCGACAGACAAGAGGCUUCAAACUAUCGCAGACGGGGGCAGAGGUUGCUCCACCCGGAGCCACCCAAGAAACGGUUCUCUCUUCAUUGGCAGCUGAAUUGGAUAACGAUGAGGUAUUUAUCGCCACACAAGAGUACGAUUAG